UUGAAAAUGUUAAACAACUUGUUAAACAUAAUAAAAAACAGAUGAAACGCACAGAGAUUAAUAAUAUUAUAAUUAUUAUUUUAAUUUUAUUUUACAUUUAAUUAAACUCAAAUAAUGUCAUGAAUAUAUUUUUUUUAUUAAAUUCGCGAGACAUAUGGAGUCAAAGACAUGUCAAGUGGCUUCCUGUAUGGUACCAAAAUUUAAACUCAAAUGGGCUGUAGAAGAUGAUCGAAUCAACAUAAAAAAUACACUUAUGGAAACCAUACUUGAUAACGCAUUGACAAAUUCCCAAGAGAAUUUUCAGUUAACACCUAACCCCACAUCAAUAGAAAACCAUAAUUAUUGUGACACUGAUGAUGAUUUCUUUAAUUUUGAGGAAAAUAAUGUUUCAGAUUCAAACAAUGGUUUUAAAUUUCUUGUUGAAAAUUAUUUGUCUAAUAAAAACAUUAAAUCUCCUUUAGAUUUACCAAAUACCCUUAAACAGUUAUCUAUAAAAUACAAUACUGCCGUCCCUUCAUCUGCACACGUUGAGCGGCUGUUUAAUGCUGGAGGACAGUCGUUCAACAAAAGAAGAGGUUCAAUGGCAGAUCAAAAUUUUGAAAUGACUCUGUUAUUGAAAUUUAAUAAAUACUUUGAAUAAACCAGCAGCAAAGU